AUGGGGGAAACCAUUGGAGACCCUUUGGCUGAUGUUGAUAAAAAGCUUCCCUUUGAUCCUUCCUUUGGCUGGGCCGGCAAAUUCGAGUUUGAUAAAAACGAAAAUAGAAAUUUUGAUUUUGGUGACGAUCUGUUCGGCGGUACUGAUAAUCGGCCGGCCGGACGCCCAGGCCAAGAAUAUAAUAAUCCUGCAGUAUCUAAUGGAUAUCCUGGUCACGGACAAGGAAUUCAGAGCGGGCAAGGAGGGCAAGCAGGGCAAACCGGAAACUUUGAUAGAAGUUCAUAUCCUGGUUCUCCAGGAAUUGGUUCGUAUGCAGGCUUUCAGAACCAAGGCAUUAGUUCUCCGAUUCUUCCACAAGGGUACCAGGAGAACCUCUACUCCGAACCCCACGAUGAAGAAUAUGUGAGGGUUGGAUACCAUGGAGCUAAAGAGAUGGAUGAAGGAGGUCACGGGUUUCAUAUUCCUCGCUCCAGGUUCCAACAAAACUACAACGAUCCAGAUCUUGGCCGACGUGGAGUAAAAUCUCUCGGAUUCAACAUUCCCGAACCCAGUUCUCUAAACCUUGCAAGCUUCGAACCUGCUCGAAACUCGUUUUCUCAGGACGGAUUUAAAUACAAGAAUAAGAGAUCCAAAACUCCGGUUUACGGCUCCGGUAAGCCGGCUGUGUACGAAGGAUUAGCUCCGGAGUACUAUGAGAACCUGGUAGAACGGAAUGUGCUCAAGGGUGGGUCUGGUCCUGAAGAUGUUGAUGGGAUAGAGGUUGCUGCUGAGGCAGCUGUAGAACAGAAUAUAGAAAACGAUCCAAGAUACAACAAUAAUGGAUUUGAUGACUACGAUGACGGUUUUGGUUUCAAGGAUUCACAAGAUCCAUUCCAACCUUUCAAUGCAGAGCGGGAUGGAACUCACAGAUAUAAUGGAGGUAGAGCGGGAUAUAAUGGAGCCGGAAAGGGACACAAUGGAGGUAGAGCGGGACAUAUUGGAGACGAAGAGGGAUAUAAUGGAGGCGGUGACGGGUAUGGUGGAGACGGAGAGGGAUAUAAUGGAGGCGGAGACGGGUAUAAUGAACACGGAGACGGGUAUACUGGAGGUGGCAAUGGAUAUGGAGGCGGAGACGGGUAUAACGAAGGCGGAAAGGGAUAUUAUGGAGAAGCAGAGGGAUACAAUGGAGGCGGAGAAGGAUACAAUGGAGGCGGAGAGGGAUAUAAUGGAGGUAAAGGUGGUCAUAGUGGAGAUAUACAGGGAUAUAAUGGAGCUGGAAACGAAUUUAAUGGAGCUGGAGAUGGCUUCGGUUUUAACGAAGGCGGAUUUGGAAGCGCUGAUGGUGGAAAUGUCCACAAUGGAGGUUCUGGGGAGUAUAAUGGAGAGGGAAAUAAUGGAGGAGUACAAGGAUAUCUUGCAGAAGAUGAAGGAUAUAGUUCUGAAGGGGAAGGAUACCACGGAGGAGAGGGUGGAUAUCAUGAAGGAGAGAACGAAUAUCAUGAUGACCAGAGUGGAUAUCAACAAGAUAGUCAUGGUUAUAAUGAAGGAGAAAAUGGAAAUCAAGCAUAUGGAUACAAUCCUGAAGCAGAGAAUGGAGGAUAUCAAAACUUUGACACGAGACAGCAAAGAGAGGGUGGCUCUGGAUAUUUCCAGGGCGGAAGCAGACCGGAGAAUCAAGGAUUUGGCGGAGAUAUAUUCCAGGAUACAUCAAGGCAGAGUAAUGGCGGAAGUCAGGACGAAUAUACGGUAGAUUUUGGUGAUUCCAACUCCAGGUCCCAGGUAGAAGAGGGAGAACGCAACACAGGUUUUACUACAGAUUUUCCAGAUUUAUUCUCCGCCCAAGGAAACCCUCCGCCGCCUCCCAGCCCUCCACCUUCCGGUAAACCUCAAUAUGAAUAUGAUUAUGAUCGGUACAGCACAAUUCAUUACGAUUUUGAUGAGGAAGACAAAAAUGAAAAUCAAGCACAACAACAACAACAACAACAGCAACCGUCACAACAAACACAACAGCAAGGUUUCCCGGAUAUAUUUACUGAACCUAAAAGUCCUGCCAGGCCCAAUGGCUCCCAGUCUAGUUUCGGAUUUAAAUAGAAAGGCCAUUAUUUUUAUAGAUAUCAUGAAUAUUACUGUAUAGUUAGAUAAUUGUUAUACAAAGGGGCAAAAUAAAAGACAUGUGAGGCUCUAUUAAAAAAGGGGGCGUGUCUGAUUCACAGCGGUACUCCUUCAUUAGAGCAAAAAACAAAGAUAGUUUUGUUUUUCUUUCUAAAAAAAGAUUAUGUUCGAUCUUAUUUUCUCUGUAUGUCUUGUGCGGAUUUAUGAAAAAGAAAGCAAAAUAACGAUUCUUUCUCUGAUAAAGGUGUGAAGUGUAUCUUUGUGAAUGGCAUGCUCUUUAAUUGGAGGGUCACUUGGAAUAUUGUUUACAGUCCCUUUAAUAUUGUUUACAGUCCCUUUAAUAUUGUUUACAGUCC